AUGACCGAGACCUGGGGUCCAUCCAAAGCACAGCUAACUGCAGCAGCUGCAUAUGAGGUCACCGGAAGCUGGGAUGAUGAAGGUGAUGGUAUCCGCUCCGUGAAUGCUGCGCUGGAUGCCAACGAUGAAGAUGAGGUGAGCUUUGAUGAGGCCACGGAUCCCGAAGAUGAUGGUGAACUCCUUGAUGCUGCUGAGGGUGCUGCAUUGACUGAUGCAUAUCAUCCCAGUGCAGUAGAUUUUGACUCCGAUAGUCUCUUCGAUGAUGGAGUCAUGCGAAUGGUUAGUCAAUCCUCGCGCAAGCGGGUGCUUCACCUCUAG